UCAAAAGAGAGGUUAGAUUAGAUAAAAAGAUUAGAUUCUCUCUCUCCAUUUCAUUUCACUUGGAGAUGUCAGAGAGCUGCAACUCUCGCCACUUCUCCUGGCUCACCAAAUCCUGCUUCCCAAACCCCCAACACCACCACCCCCUCCACCAACCCCAUCUCCCCCUCCACCGCCCCACCACCACCGCCACCACCAUCUCCUCCCUCCCCGACGACCUCCUCCUAGACAUCCUCUCCAGGCUCCCCCACUCCUCCCUCCCCUCCCUCCCGCUCGUCUCCCGCCGCUGGUCCCACCUCCUCCACUCCCCCUCCUUCCUCCUCCUCCGCCGCCUCCGCGGCCAGCUCCGCCGAACCCUCUUCGCCGUCUCGGUAACCGAUUCCACCCUCCUUCACAACAACCACCCUUUUCUCGUCUACCGUCACAGCACCGCCGUCAAAGAUUCCUCCUCGGAAACCGCUCCUUCCCUCGCCCGCGAAGACGACGCCGUUGGAAUCUUCCGCGCUGCCACUCACGUGAUCGGCCAAGAUUCCCCCUGGAAAACCUCUCAUUUCCUCGCCGAUAGAGACGACGCCGUCGCGUUUCCCCCCGGGAUCUUCGACGGCGGUUUUUCCCACUCCAGGGUAUUGGCAAUUGGAAGGAAGAUUUACGUUAUAGGCAGAACGGCGACGUUUGAAUUGCACACGUGGACGGGAAAUGUCGCCGCGAAAUCGCCCAUGAUUUUCCCGAGGAAAAAAUUCGCUGCAGCGGCGGUCGGGGGGAAGAUUUACGUGGCCGGCGGCGCGGCCCGCACGUCGUCGGUGGAGGAAUAUGAUCCGGAUACCGAUUCAUGGCGCGUGGUAUCUGACGCGCCGAGGAAGAGGUACGGGUGCGUGGGGACGUCCGUGGGCGACGUGUUCUAUGUGAUUGGUGGGCUGAAGAUUGGCGCGUCGACGGGGGAGGAUUUCUCACGCGCGGCGGCGAGUAACUACUACGCGAGCUCGAUGGAUUUGUACGACGCGGAGGCGCGCGGGUGGCUGAGGAGCCGGGCCGUGCCGGGCGGGGGGUGCGUGGUGGCGGCAUGCGCGGUGGAGGAGGGGUUCGUCUACGUGCUGACGAGCCACGCGGUAGAGCUCUCGUUUUGGAGGUUCGAUGCGCGGAGAAAGAAUAAUGGGGGCGGUGGUGGAGGCGCGUUUGGGGAGUGGUGUAGGAUGAAAAGCCCGCCGCUACCGGUGCGAGUGAGAUUGGACAGCACAAUGAGGUUUAAUUGUGUUGGGGUUGGGAAUAAGGUGGUGGUGAUACAAGUGAUGGGUAGUGUGGAUGAUUUGUUGAGGAGGGGCGGUGGGAGGAGAGGCAGAGGGGUUAAGGAUGCGGCGGUGUUGGUGUACGACGGCGGAGCCGGGCAGUGGAGUAGAGGGCCGGAUUUGCCGGAAGUGAUUCGACGCGCCGCCUUUGUGUGUGUGGAGUGCUAAAAGCUGGAUUCUUGCGCCUAUGGGGUGGUUUUAGGUUUCGUUAUAGGGUAAGGAGAGAGUGGUCCAAGUAGGGAAAUUAUCCGGUGCUGCUGGACAAUAUCACGUGGUGUCUCCUGGAUGCUGUAUUGCACCUCUCACACUACACCAUGUAGUGUGGCCCGGUCUAUCCAGCAAUCGAUUUUGGCACAGAUGGUUUGGAUUUAAUCCAACAUCAUACAGAUUUGAAUCGUUCAUUUUUCGAAUUUUAUAUCCGAGCAAUUGAUUGGAUCGGCCAUACUACACCGUAAGGUGUAGAGGUGACUUCCCUCACUUUUAAUGUGGGGUUUAUAUUAGCAUCAUCAUUUCCCUUUA